CAGUAGGCGCCGGGGCUGAGCAUGCGCCAUCGGCAGCAGCGCAUGCUCAGUGGCGCGGAUCGGGUUGGUGCGUGCGCGGGCGGCGCCUCGGCCUCUGUGAGCCCAGGGCCGCGCGGGGUCGCGCGGGCAUGGCGGCCUCCCUGUGGAUGGGGGACCUGGAACCCUACAUGGAUGAGAACUUUAUCUCCAGAGCCUUUGCCACCAUGGGAGAGACCGUUCUGAGUGUUAAAAUCAUCCGUAACCGGCUCACUGGGAUCCCUGCUGGCUAUUGCUUUGUGGAAUUUGCCGAUCUGGCUACAGCUGAGAAGUGUUUGCACAAAAUAAAUGGAAAACCCCUUCCCGGAGCCACACCAGCAAAACGUUUUAAACUGAACUACGCCACUUAUGGGAAACAACCAGAUAACAGCCCCGAGUACUCGCUCUUCGUAAGGGACCUCAGCCCGGACGUGGAUGACGGCAUGCUCUAUGAGUUCUUUGUUAAAGUCUACCCCUCGUGUCGAGGAGGCAAGGUGGUCCUGGACCAGGCAGGGAUCUCAAAGGGUUAUGGCUUCGUGAAGUUCACAGAUGAGCUGGAACAGAAGCGGGCCCUGACGGAGUGCCAAGGGGCAGUGGGGCUGGGCUCAAAGCCAGUGCGCCUGAGUGUGGCUAUUCCCAAGGCGAACAGAGUGAAGCCCAUGGAGUACAGCCAGAUGUACAGCUAUAGCCUCAACCAGUAUUAUCAGCAGUACCAGAACUACUACGCACAGUGGGGCUACGACCAGAACACCGGCAGCUACAGCUACAGUUACCCCCAGUAUGGCUACACCCAGAGCACCAUGCAGACAUAUGAAGAAGUCGGUGACGAUGCGUUGGAAGACCCAACUCCCCAGCUGGAUGUGAAUGAAGCCAACAAGGAGUUCAUGGAACAGAGUGAGGAGCUUUAUGACGCUAUGAUGAAUUGUCACUGGCAGCCUUUGGACACAGUUUCCUCAGAGAUCCCCCCUGUGAUGUAGCUGGGCUGAGCUCACAGCUCAGGGCCUCUGCAAGACUAUGGGAAGAGGGCCUGGGUAACAGUGGAAACUUUUAACCUUUUUGAAAUGUAAUUUAUACAAUUUUAAUAAUUAAAUAUUUGCUCCAAUA